GCCAUUGCUGCACAUUUCUUAAAAUGGUUGCAAAAAGUUUGGUACUUCUGGCUGUUUUUCUCUCUGCCUCCUUCUCUGCUACGUGCCCAAAUGCAGACACGCGGAUACACAUGAAUGAAACGGUCCAAUCGGCUGAACAACUUCGACUUGCUGGAGCUGUCGAACUUCUGACCCGUCUUGAAAAUUGUAUGAGUUGCUGCAGUUUGUGGAAAUCAAGAGAUACGGAAUCUCGAAACAGAUAUUAUGUAUCUAAUGGUAAAACCAAUUUCUUCCAAGCUCUCGUAGACUGUAAAAGCAUUGGAAUGGAAUUAGUAAGCAUUCAAACCCCAGAAGAAGAAGAAUUGAUAAUAAAUGCCAUUAAAGCAAAAAAACCUGUCGGAGGUCCUUAUAACGGGUACUGGACUUCCGGUACCAAACUAACCGAUAUCCAAAGCACCCACUUCUAUUGGUUGUCUACGGGAACGAGGGUCGUCCAUUCCAAUUUUGCGAAAGGUCAACCCGACAACGCCGGAAAAUCGGAGCACUGUUUGCAACUCUUUUUCGACUCAAACGGCAACGCUGCUUAUUGGAACGAUAUUAAUUGUAAAACAGAUCUGAGUUUUGUUUGUCAAAAGGUUGAGUGUAACACGAAGAGCGAAAACUGCCAACCAAUGGCAGUCUAAAAUACUUCUUAAAUUUCAACUUCACGCAAGUUCAUGAAGAUAUAAAUAAAGGGGCUCUUAAAAAGUUAUGCGAAAUAUUUAUUAGUGGUUGUUUCAAAAUUAAAUUCAAUUUUUGGUUCUUAUAUUUAAAUAGACUCUGAUAAUACAGCGUUUAAACUUUCUAGUAUCCUUUUCAUUAGCCAGCAAGCGAUGAAAUGGUUAAAUUUCAUUAAAUAUUAAAAAAAAAUCAAAACAUUUACAGUCUUGUGUUCUUCAUAGUUAGUGUAGGUAGUGGUAUAGUCUAUUUAUAGAUAUACCACUAUUUAUAGAUGCCGUCAGUUUUUACUGUAGUAAAACCACUAUAUUAUCUAAUAGCUAUAUGUACCUACCCAAUUAUUGUAAUAUUAAUAGUAAUUUAUUACUGUGAAUGUAAUGUAAAA